UAUCAACCAAUUAUAACCAAUAAACCAAGUAAAACAAUAAAGUUAUCUUAAUAAUCGAAAAGUUUUGUUAAAAAAGUUUCAACAUAAGUUCAAGUUGUUCAUCUUUGAAAUCGAACCUGUUACAAUGGAGCCCACGAUGAGGAAGGAUUGUUGAUGGUUCCAUCUCUUGGAAAUUUUCUUUAUUACAUUGGACUCUCGAAAUUCUGACCUUUUCAUUCACCAUUCAUUUCUGAUAAAAUUCAACUUAACGAUGUUCUUAGCUGAACAAGAGGAGGCAGAUAACGAAGCUUCGGCUCGACAUUUAGCCAGUGUUAAAAGAGCUUCAGAAAAAUUCCAAGCUGAAAAACGUGCUCAAAGAAAUAAACGAAGAACAAUGAGAAAAAACGGCGAGAUACCUGUGCUGACGGCUAAUCCAAUUCCAAGACCAACACCAGGAUCUAACGAUUGGUAUGAUGCUCCGAAUAUUAUUCAUAAGUCACCCUCAAACCCUUUAAUUAAUGAAACUAUUAUAUCUAAUCCUAAUCAAUCAACCCAAUCUGAAACCAGUCGAUGCAGGAAAGAUACUUUUAAUCAUAUAGCAUAUUUCAUGAUCGCUACAAGUUUCCUCCGAACUGUUUUUAACAAUUAUGGUACCCCUAUCUUAGAUAGACUAAAAAUUAAACAAGCAAUGUUUCAAUCCACCCAAAUUAAACACAGAGCUUUUGCUAAAAUUACGAUCUCCACCUCCAGUGAGAAUAAUCUAAAAGUUGCUAUAAAUCUUUUACGAAAUUGUUUACCCCCAGAAACUACUUGGAGAAUGUUAGACAAAAAUCAUUGCUCCAUCUGUUUCCGUCCAGAUCACAAUAUGAUAAAUUGCAGUUCAUGUUCCGCUUGCUUUAAGUUAGGCCACAAAAUUGCAAAUUGCCCUUGGUUAAAGCCAAAUGAAGUUCAAACACCAACUGUUAAUACAGUGAACUCAUUCAAUUAUAAAAAGCAUAAAAGGCAACAGAAAACUAAGCCUAUGAGAGACCAGUUUAACCGAACUUUCUGGCAAUCACCAGGUUUAAUCCCGCCUGAAGAUAUUCUAAAUAAAAUGCAACCAAUUGGGUUACCACCUAAGCCAACAUUAGCUUUAGAUACAGAAGGUGUAUCAGCUGAAAAUUUAGCCUUAUCUGUCUGUUUGUCCGGCUGGUUUGAAACCAGGACACUCGGAGUACAAACUGUUUACUUUGAUUAUAUCAAAACAGAAAAUAUAAAAAAUUUAUCAACACCAAUUACCGGAAUAAACUCUACUGAAGUGCUUUAUAAAUCCCAACCAAUAGAAAUUAUUAAAACUAACCUUCUCUCACUUUGCAGAAACAAGAGGUUACUUGUAUUCGAUCAACAAAAUUCAGACCUUAGACGAUUGACGAUCACUGAAAAUGAUCUCAUCCAAAAUUCAAUUGAGUUAGUUAAUGUUCAGGAAUUAUUUGGUAACGUAAGUUUACAGUUACUAGUUGACUUUUUCUUUCCUGGAACGACUGGUUUAAAGAGACAUGACCCUGACAAACCAAUUAGUGGUCAUAGUCCCGAAACUGAUUCCCGUUAUACCUUAAAAUUAUACCGUAAAUUUGUAACCUUAAAAGAGGAGAAGAAAGAAUUCCCGAUAGGAGAUGAGCUCAGAAAUUUAGUAUGCAGAGGGAAAACAUGGAUCCAAGUUUCGAACAGAGACUGUUCUUAAUAGCGCCGGGGACAUGUAAUAAAAUUUAUGAUUAUUACUUCCCGUAAUAAUUGCAAAGGUAAUAAUUUAUUAUUACUUUUUGGAGUUUGGGUUUUUUUACAGGAAAUCAUUAAAAUUUAAUUGUUAAUGAUGAAGACAAAUCAUCAUCUCUCUUUCUCCUUCUCUUUCUUUCUUUUCUCUUUCUCUUCUUUCUCUAUUUUGUAUAAAAGAAAUCGAUGAAAAUGAAGAAAAUUCAUUAAGUCCAACACUUUUGUCCAGAGAAGAACAACCACAGUGAAGAGGUUGACUUCUCUUUCUUUCUCUCUCUCUUUCUCUUUCUCUCUCUCUCUCUCUCUCUCUCUCUC